AUUUUGGCCAAAUCAAAAACCAAAAUAAUUCUUCGAUAUUAUUUCUCAUAUUCAUAAGCUAUUAAUAUAGCGAAAAACAAAUUAAAUAUCUUUGAUUGUUAGGUAUAAUGGAUUACAAUACAUAUUUAUAACUCUUCCGUAAUUGGUUAUAUGUCGCAGUAAUAACUAGGGUAGUAAAAUUGAGUAAUUGAAGAUGUCGGACAAGGGCAUAUCUAUUGGGCAAAGAGUGAUCGUAACAGGCAAAGAUGUUAAGGGCACCGUGGCUUACUUAGGCCAUCCUACUUUUGCCACUGGAAAAUGGAUUGGUGUUAUCCUGGAUGAACCUAAGGGCAAAAACAAUGGCACAGUUCGUGGUCACGCCUAUUUUAGCUGCGAUGACAACUACGGUGUGUUCGUGCGCCAGACGCAAAUACAGCUUCUGGAUAAGGAUGACAACCCCAAAGAGAUGACAACAUCUUCGGAGGAGCCCAAGUCUUCAGCAUCCAACAGGCGGCUCAGUAGUAUAACUGUGGCCCAGAGAUCUAGACCAACUACGGUCCGGCGUAAGACAUCGCCUGCGCAGACGAAAGGAACCCUGUCCAUGUCGAGUUCCAGGACGUCGCUGGCUAGCAGCCGGCAGUCGCUGACGUCGUACGUGUCGCCGACUGCCGAGCGCGCCGCCUCACCAGACCUCGCCAAGCGCGCCUCCUUCGUUGAGACCGGGUUCGUGGAGACGCUGACGCCGCAGUAUACGCCGGGCCAGAGCCUGACGUCGCCGCAGCCCAGCGCCGCCGCCGUCGAGGACCGGCUGGCCAACAUGCAAGCGCAGCAAGAGAUCGCCCAACUGAAGGCGGACAACGAGGACCUGCGGGAGAAGCUGGAGACGCUGAAGAUCCGGCGCGCCGAGGACCGCGACAAGAUCCGCGAGCUGGAGCGCCUGCGCCUGCAGCUGGACCAGGCCAACGAGUUCAAGGCCAAGAUCAUGGAGUCCCAGGCGCAGCUGCAGAGAGACCUGGAGCGGGCUAAGAAGGAGGUGCGGGAGGCUCAAGAGGCUUUGGAAGUCCACUCGGACGAGACCGCCGAGCUGGCCGAGGCGGCGGAGAUGGCGGCGCUGGACAAGGAGAUGGCGGAGGAGCGGGCGGAGGCGCUGCAGCUCGAGCUGGAGCAGUGCCGGGAGAAGCUGGAGGAGGCGACCCUGGACCUGCAGCUCAUGCGCGCCGAGAUGGAGGCCGGCGGGAACAUACCAUUCCAAGAGCACCCGUACGCAGCGGGCGGCGAGGGCGCGACGGGCUACGAGGUCCGCCAGCUGCAGCAGCAGAACGUCCGCCUGCGGGACACGCUCGUCCGCCUGCGGGACCUCUCCGCCCACGACAAGCACGCCAUGCAGAAGAUGCAGAAGGACCUGGAGCAGUACAAGUCUGAGAUAGCUGAGCUGAGCCGCACCAAGGAGAAGCUGUCGUCGCGCGUGGAGGAGCUGGAGGCGCAGGUGGCGGACCUGCGCGAGCAGGUGGACGCCGCCCUCGGCGCCGAGGAGAUGGUCGAACAGCUGGCCGAGAAAAAGAUGGCGCUGGAGGACCAGGUGGAGCAGCUGAAGCAGGACGUUCAGGAGCUGGAGGCGCUGCAGGAGGUGCACGAGCAGCUGGUGGAGUCCAAUCGUGACCUGGAGAUGGACCUGCGAGAGGAGCUGGAGAUGGCGCACGCUGCUACACGGGAGGCUGUGCGCGAGCGCGAGGCGGCGCUGGAGACGAUAAUGGACCGCGACGCGACCAUCGUCAAGUUCCGCGAGCUCGUGCAGAAGAUGACCGAGCAGCACGCCGACCUGCGCGCACAGUUAGACUCCAUACAAGCGGGCGGGGCACGCGCGGAGGAGGCGACGGUGACGUCAGCGGAGGGGCGGGGCUCGCCGGCCGCGGAGCUGGGCUCGCUGGUGGCGGCGUCGCGCGCGUCCACACGCAGCAUCGACCUGCAGCUGCGGGCGCUGGAGCUGACGCAGGCGCGCGCGCGGGCCGACUACCUGGCCGCCUGCCUGCCUGACCACUUCAUGGCAUCCGGAGGUGACCACGACGCGAUAAUGUUUAUCCUGCUGCUGCAGAGACUCCACACGAAGUCCGAGAUCAUACUGGGCCAGAUCAGAGAGAGGUUCCCGGCGGUAAACGUGUGGGACCGCGAGGUGAUCACCAAGACUCACACCGCCGUGCAGUACAGCUUCCGCUGCCAGCUCGAGUACCAGCUGCAGAUGAUACAGUGCAUGGUGUCGAUGUGGAGCGGCGCGCUGGAAACGUGCUCGCCGGAGCGGCUGCUGCGCGCGGCGUCGGCGCUGCCAGACGCGCUGACGCAGGAGCGCGCGCUCGACGCCGCCGCGCACCUGCUCAAGGGCAACGAGCUCGACGAGAACUGCUCGCUGGAGGGUAUCGAGCGUUGCUGGACGUAUCUUGCGGCGAUGUGGGCGGCGCUGGGCAUGAGCGGUGUGGAGGGGGCGGCGUGCUCGCGCGACGUCGUGCUGCACGCGUGCGGCGCGCUCGACGCCCUGGCGCGCGCGCUAUACGCCGACAGCAACGCGCUGCAUCAUGUGCUGCAGUCAUCAGACCACCAGCUGGAGCUGGGUCAGCUGCACGCGGCGAUCCAAGAGAGCUGCGCGGCGCUGCAGCAGCAGCUCAAGAACGUGCGCCGCCGUCUGCCGCCCGGCGUCCGCCUGCACGACCUCAAUAUUGACCAGCAGCUGGUGGAGCGCCUCCGCGGUUCAAGCGCGAGCGCGCUGUGGAAGUGCGCGCGGGCUGUGAGCCUGGCGGCGCGCGCGGGGCUGGCGCUGGCAGCGACGGCAGGCCCGCGCGGGGACGCCGCCCCCCUCCCGCACUCCGCCCUCGCCGCGCUCUGGCCGGCCGCCAUCGACCGCGCCUACCACCAGGUUGAGGAGGAGCAGGGUCCGGUGAAGACGAUCCGCGCUGCGCUGGCGCUGGUGACGGCGGACGUGGCGCAGCUCGCCACCUUCGCCCAGGACAAGGAGUACGACGCCAUGGCGCUCACCAAUGUCCCCGUUGAGAAGCCGACCCCACCCAUAGUUGUGCGAGCGCAGCACGUGAAGAAGCAGCUGGAGGAGACAAAGACGCUCACCAUCCGCCUCGAGAAUAAGGAGGCUGACAUCAAGGAGCUCAGGAAGGCCUUAAAGGCGAAGCAGGAGGAGGUGUCGGAGAUGCAGAUCCGGCGGGAGUUGGGCGAGCGCAAGCUGUCGGCGGCCGCGCGCGACGCCGAGCUGCGCGCCGAGCAGCUGCAGCGCCGCCUCGACGACGCGCACAACCAGCUCAAGAGGAAAGAGAAGGAGUUCGAGGAGACGAUGGACCACCUGCAGCAGGACAUCGACUCGCUGGAGAGCGAGCGCGGCGCGCUGCGGGACAAACUCAAGCUGUACGCCAAGCGCGGCGCUCACCACGCGGUGACGCCGCCGGCCGCGCGGGACUUCUCACCGGUGGUGACGACGCCAGCGCCCGCGCCGCUGCCGCAGGAGCAGCCGGUGAAGGUGACAGCCGGCGUCGCGGCCGGCGAGGUCAACGAGGCCAUGCAGCACCAACUCAAGGUGCUCAGCUGGCGUGUGGAGCGCGAGCGUGCGGCGCGUCUAGAGGCGCAGGCGCGGGAGUCGCGUGCGGCGCUGCGGCGACUCCGCCCCCUGGCCGCGCCCGCCGCCCCCGCCGCGCGGGCCCGUCGCGCCGCCGCCGCACAGCUAGAGAAGGACCUCGCUAAACUGCAAACGGAGUGGACGCUGUUCGUGGCGCGGUCCGGCCUGGUGAAGUUCCCCGCGGAGCCGGGCAAGUACGCGCGCGCGCUACAGCAGCACCGCGACCGACAGCGCGAGAUGCGACGACAGCUGGAGGAGCGUCUGGUGGCGCUGCAGGGCGAGGUGCGGGCGCUGGUGGCGUUGCACCGGCCGUGGCGCUGCGUCGAGGCCGACCUCGCCGACUUCCCCGCGCCGGAGCUCACCAAGGCUCUUAACCCGCCGACGGUGGACAUCGGCACGCUGAGGUACCCGGCGAGCGGCGCCGCGCUCGCACACACCGUCUACGUCACGCCCACACAGCUCGCCAGACUGCGCGAGAUCGUGUCGGAGCUGCAGUCGGACGAGGUGGAGUUGGACCUCAAGCCGCUCGACCACACCGUCUGCGCUGCCUGAGCGACCAAGGUCACGUGUAAACCCGGCGCGCCCGUACACUUGUAUAUGACGAGUAGAAACCACUUAAUAACCACAUUAUAUUACACGCUUUAUAAGA